AUGAAAUCUGUGACAUGGUAUCUGUCGCUAUCUGUAAUUUUGUGGAUUUCGCAAACUAUUGAUACUGUAUUAUUUCAUAAAAAACAUGAAUUACUUAUGAAUGAUGUGUUUCAAAGAAAACCGAACGAAAUUCGUAAUAAAAAGACAUUUAUUAUUCUGAAAUUCCAGCCAUGUUAUAUUUGUGCAGCAGAAUGGAAGCUGCAAAAUGGCAAUCGACGGGUAAUAAUUGAGCAAGCUAAACUUGCUGAAGACGAAGAUAAGUGUGAAGCAACAGUGGUUCGUGAAGUAGAGGAUGCCUUGAAAAUGAUGCAACCUGAAUCGUGGCAGAAUACUGCUAUCAAUGGUUCCGUGCUGAAACAGGAUACUGAAAAGUUUCUGAACGAAAAUGAGAAAUUAUUAUCAGUGGAUCAAUUUCGGAAGAAGCUAGCCAUCCUAAGUUCACGUUGGGAAAAAUAUCGAAUGCAGCAGGAUUUCAAUAAAUGGACGACAUUACGACACUGGCUUCGUUUACCAGGUCUGCGACAUCGUUUACAGGUACUGGAAAAAGAUUUGAAAAGUGAAAAGCAGUCACGACGACUACGGCGACUGUUACAUCGAGUGCAGCAUGUACAGAAUAUUCUGCAAACGGUUAGGAAAAAGUUACAGGAUGCCUAUGCCGUUUUGCAUCUUGAAGGCAAGUCGCCAUAUUCUGAAACAGCAUUACAGAAGCGUUUUGUAGCAGCUAUGGAUUAUAAGGUACUGCAAUCACGACGGCGACACUUCGCACUAAAGCGUAAGUUAUCACCAAGUUAUCAGUCGAGAACCAUCAAAUGCGAUCACUUGUAUCAAUUAUCAUGCUUUUAA